CGUCGCGUACAACGCAACACGGAGCAGCUAUGUGCGAGGUGGACGAGGACUACCGGGGUCCCGCGCCCGCGGGGCCGCCGCCGCCACGGCCCAGCCGUGAGCAGCAGAAGUGUGUGAAGUGCAAGGAAGGCCUGCCUGUCGUGGUGAUCCGAGCCGGAGAUGCUUUCUGCAGGGACUGUUUCAAGGCGUUCUAUGUCCACAAGUUCAGAGCCGUGCUUGGAAAGAACCGGCUGAUCUUCCCGGGGGAGAAGGUGCUCCUGGCGUGGUCCGGGGGGCCUUCGUCCAGCUCCAUGCUCUGGCAGGUGCUUGAGGGCCUGAGUCGAGAUUCGGCCAAGAGACUGCGUUUCGUGCCAGGGGUCGUCUUCGCCGACGAGGGUGCAGCCUGUGGCCAGAGCCCAGAGGACAGAGCAAAAUCCCUGGCCGAGGCGAAGCUGGUCCUGCAGACCAUCGGCUUCCCGUGGCACAUCGUUGCCUUGGAAGAGGUGUUCAGCCUGCCGCCGUCUGUGCUGCGCCGCUCUGCCCGGGAGCCGGUGGGGACCGAGGGAGCCUACAAGGCGGCCGUGGACAGCUUCCUGCAGCAGCAGCAUGCCUUGGGGGAGCAGAGCCGGCCCCGCCCCGAGCACCCCCGGGGCCGGGUUGGGCCGCCCCCAGCCAGCCAGACCGAGGCUCUGUCCAGACUGUUCAACUCAGUGAGGACGCUGACGGCCAGGGAGGAGCUUCUGCAGACGCUGCGGACCCACUUGAUCCUGCACGUGGCCCGGACCCACGGCUACUCCAAGGUGAUGACAGGGGACAGCUGCACCCGCCUGGCCGUCAAGCUCAUGACCAGCCUGGCACUGGGGAGAGGGGCCUUCCUCGCCUGGGACACGGGCUUCUCCGAUGAGCGACACGGCGACGUGGUGGUGGUGCGGCCCAUGCGCGAGCACACGCUGAAGGAGGUCGCCUUCUACAACCGCCUGUUCGCCGUGCCCUCCGUCUUCACACCGGCUGUUGACACCAAGGCCUCCGAAAAGGCCAGCAUCCACCGGCUGAUGGAGGCCUUCAUCCUCAGGCUGCAGGCCCAGUUUCCCUCCACGGUCAGCACCGUGUACAGAACGAGCGAGAAGCUGCUCAAGGCGCCCAGGGACGGCUGUGCCGCCGGCACCCCCGGCCCCCGCUGCCUGCUCUGUAUGUGCGUGCUGGACGUCGACACUGCUGACAGUGCCACGGCUUUUGGGGCCCAGACCUCCUCGCAGCUCCCCCAGACGCAGCUCCCCGUCGCACAGGCUGAGGCACCCACCGUGUCCUCCUGCUGCACCGGGAUGGGUGGGGCCCGGUGCUGCUGCAGGGAGGAGGACCCCCGGGCCCACGUGACUGAGCAGCUGUGCUACAGCUGCCGUGUGAACAUGAAGGACUUGCCCUCCCUGGACCUCCUGCCACCCUACGUCCUGGCCGAGGCCCAGCUCCGCAGCCCAAGGGCCAGGGCCGAGCAGCAGAUGCAGGAGUAUCUACUGGAGGGCCACGAGGACGCGGCACGGCCUGGUGAGAGCUGAGCCCGAGGACCAGCGCCUGGGCCGGGAGGCCCCGGGCCUCACCCUAGCAGAGCAGGAAGGCAAGCGUG